GUGUCAUAGCCACAUAUGACAUAACCCUUUCUUCGUUGAACUCAAAGGGCACAGGCGUAAACAUUAAAAUCUUUCAACGGACAAAACGAUGCCAACUAACCCACCAUUUUCAUCCGUCCGAUCCCAAAUCCAAAUCCAGUGGCUGACAUUCAAUCACACACUCACUUAAAUAAACUUCACCACUUCAACUCCACUCGUUCACUUAUUCUAACCACACACAAACAGAUCCCUGAUCCCGCCUUUAGUCCUGCAAAACGCCGUCGUUUCGCCGUAACGAUGGCGUCACUAGCUCUAACCACCUCCGUUAACCUAGGGUUCCGGUCACCAACCACCGUUAACCACCGUCUCUCCACCAAACAAUCUCCGGCGUUCAAUCUCCACCGAUCCAACGGUCCACAACACCUCCGAUUACCGUCGCUAAAACUCAAAUCGACGAUCAGAAACCCUGUUUUCACCGUAAAAGCAUCAGCGGCAGCAGUUCCGGCGAAACCGGAUGCUCCGGCGCCGGCGCCGGUACCAUGGCAAGGAGCGGCGAUGAAGCCGCUAAUCGCUUCAAUCGCGACCGGUGUAAUCCUGUGGUUUGUUCCGGUACCGGCAGGAGUUUCGAAGAACGCGUGGCAGUUACUGGCGAUAUUUCUCGCAACGAUCGUCGGAAUCAUCACACAGCCGCUGCCGCUCGGUGCUGUAGCGUUAUUAGGUCUAGGUGCGUGUGUUCUCACCAAAACCCUAACAUUUGCAGCUGCAUUUUCGGCUUUCGGUGAUCCGAUCCCGUGGUUAAUUGCUCUUGCGUUUUUCUUCGCUAGAGGAUUCAUUAAAACUGGAUUAGGUAACAGAAUUGCUUAUCAGUUUGUUAAACUGUUUGGUAGCUCGUCGUUAGGGUUAGGGUAUAGUUUGGUGUUUAGUGAGGCGUUGUUAGCGCCUGCGAUUCCGUCGGUUUCAGCUAGAGCAGGGGGGAUAUUUUUGCCUUUGGUUAAGUCGUUAUGUGUUGCUUGUGGGAGUAAUGUGGGGGAUGGGACUGAGCAUAAGUUAGGGUCUUGGUUGAUGUUGACUUGUUUCCAGACGUCGGUUAUUAGUUCAAGUAUGUUCUUGACGGCUAUGGCUGCGAAUCCCUUGAGUGCGAAUUUGACGUUUAAUACGAUUAAGCAGACGAUUGGGUGGACUGAUUGGGCUGUGGCUGCGAUUGUGCCUGGGAUUGUUUCGUUGAUUGUUGUGCCGCUUAUUUUGUAUGUGAUUUAUCCGCCGACUGUGAAGAGUAGUCCUGAUGCGCCUAAGCUGGCGAAAGAGAAGCUGGAGAAGAUGGGGCCGAUGACCAAGAAUGAAAUUAUUAUGGCGGGAACUUUGCUUCUUACGGUUGGUCUGUGGAUAUUUGGAGGAAUGCUUAACGUUGAUGCCGUUACGGCUGCCAUUCUUGGACUAUCCGUCCUCCUUAUAACCGGAGUCGUAACAUGGAAGGAAUGCUUAGGUGAAGCUGUUGCAUGGGAUACCCUUACAUGGUUUGCUGCACUCAUCGCAAUGGCUGGGUACCUCAACAAAUAUGGCCUCAUCUCUUGGUUUAGUCAAACGGUGGUCAAAUUUGUUGGUGGGCUAGGUCUUCAAUGGCAAGCGUCUUUUGGCAUUCUUGUACUUCUAUACUUUUAUUCGCACUACUUUUUCGCAAGUGGAGCUGCUCAUAUUGGUGCCAUGUUCACUGCCUUUUUGUCGGUUGCUAGUGCCCUUGGCACACCGCCAUUAUUUGGAGCCAUGAUCUUAGCCUUCCUCUCCAACCUCAUGGGUGGUCUGACCCACUAUGGAAUCGGGUCAGCCCCUGUGUUCUAUGGAGCCAACUAUGUCCCUCUUGCCAAAUGGUGGGGCUAUGGGUUUCUCAUCUCUGUGGUCAAUAUCAUCAUCUGGCUUGGAGUUGGUGGAGUCUGGUGGAAGUUCAUUGGCUUGUGGUAGACUAAAGGUAGUACCGAUUUACUACCAUAACUCAAUCACAAAAAUCAGAAAAAGGUUUCUACAAAUGUGAGGUUUGUAGCAUUUUUGGCUAAAUCCUAUCGGUCUUGAAUCUGGUUGCAAGAUUUUCACGGGAAUUCUUUCAACUUGCAAAUACUUUUGUAACUUUGAUAGAGAAUUGUGUAGGUUAAGACGAUAUACAUGGCAUGAUGCCCAUUUGUAUCUGAACAUGGAAUUUCUACUCAUAAUUUUCGAUGAUAUUAAGAGACGUUUUACCCCUCUUUGUCAUUUCA